GGCAGAGAUUUCUCCGUAAGCCAUGAGGAUGUUUUUGCCCGCAUCCAUUUCCAAAGGAGGAAGGAGCAUUUAAGGGGGAAAAAACAAAAACAAGCAAAACCCCACCGACUUUCCUCAUGGCUGCCAAAAAAGGUCUUGAAAGAGCUUGCCUUGUGAGUGAGAGGGACACCAAGAAGUACUCCUUAGCCCUAGACAGGAUGAACUGGCAUCAGAAGAAUUUAAAUGAAGAGAGGCAGCAGCAGGAAACAGAAGAUACUGAAGCUAAUCCAGCGUAUCACUGUCACGGCUGCUCACAGGCCUGUGAGAACAGGAAAAGUGAACAGCAUCAAGCCAGGCAGAAGCUCUGUGCAGCCUCAGUAAUUUGCAUUUUCUUCAUGAUUGCUGAGAUUACAGGGGAGUAUUUAUGUGGACAGAUUGCCGGAAGUCUGGCCGUGAUCACUGAUGCAGCACACAUCCUGGUUGACCUGACAAGCUUCCUGAUCAGCCUCUUCUCACUCUGGCUAGCAUCUAAACCUCCGACAAAGCAGUUAACUUUUGGAUGGCACAGAGCAGAAAUUCUGGGAGCUUUGAUGUCCAUGAUAAUCGUUUGGAUGGUGACUGGUGUGUUGACAUAUUUGGCCAGCAUGAGGCUGCUACACCCAGAUUACGAUAUUGAUGCUGCAGUGAUGCUCAUUACCUCUGCUUGCGCCGUGCUGGCCAACAUCCUGCUAAGUCUGAUUCUGCACCAGGCUGGACACGGGCACAGUCAUGGGGCACCAGCCAACGAACAUACGUCAGCUCCUCCAGAAAAGCCAGCUCUGAGUAAUGCCAGUCUGAGGGCAGCCUUUGUGCAUGCUGUCGGAGAUCUAUUCCAGAGUAUUAGUGUGCUAAUUAGCGCACUUAUCAUCUUCUUUAAGCCAGAGUACAAAAUAGCUGAUCCAGUCUGCACAUUUGUGUUUUCCAUCUUUGUUUUGGCAACCACCAUCACCAUUUUAAGGGAUAUUUUGAUUGUGCUAAUGGAAGGCACAACAAAAGGACUUACUUAUGAUUCAGUGAAAGAAAGAAUUUUAGCAGUUGAGAAAGUGGAGUCUAUUCACAACCUUCAUCUUUGGUCUCUGACAAUGAAUCAAACUAUUCUAUCUGCUCAUGUUGCUGCAGCAGACACAGCAGACAGACAGAAGAUUUUGAAAGAUAUUACCCAAGCCCUGCUUGAGCGCUACAGCUUCCACUCCAUCACCAUUCAGAUUGAAUCAGGAGAGGAUCAGAAACCAGACUGCGUCUUCUGUCAAGAGCCCAGGGAUUAA